GAUAUAUAUUUGACAACCCUACUGUCAUGUGUCAAAAUUCUUUCUUUUCGUUGUGUUUACGACGGUAGCCCGCACAGCCAAGCAAAAUGAAACUGAACCCGUUCGUGUCGUCGUCGCGCAGGAAGAACCGCAAGCGCCACUUCCAGGCCCCAUCGCACAUCCGCCGUCGUCUGAUGUCCGCUCCCCUCUCCAAGGAGCUGCGUCAGAAAUACAAUGUGCGCUCCAUGCCCAUUCGCAGGGACGAUGAGGUUCAGGUGAUCCGUGGCCACUUCAAGGGUAACCAGGUUGGCAAGGUUGUCCAGUCCUACCGCAAGAAGUUCGUCGUGUACAUUGAGAAGAUCCAGCGCGAGAACGCCAACGGCACCAACGUCUACGUGGGCAUCCACCCCAGCAAGGUGCUGAUUGUCAAGCUCAAGCUGGACAAGGACCGCAAGGCCAUUCUGGAGCGUCGCGGCAAGGGACGUCUGGCUGCUCUGGGCAAGGACAAGGGCAAGUACACCGAGGAGACGGCCGCUCAGCCCAUGGAGACAGCGUAAAUGCCGCUAGCAGUAACGACCACAUAUUAAACCCAUGGGACGUCGCUGUUUACAGUUUUUACCGUAACGGAUAAGUUUAUAAAACAAAGCAAACAAAUUCGCGAAAAAAACCUUGUGUGGAGUGAAAGACCGCAUUUCUUUAAUAAUAAAGAAUAGUUGAUUUUUCAAA